GCAACGAUUCCUCUCUUUCAUCACUCCACUGCCGACUGCCGACUGCCGACUGCCAGGGUUUUCUCAAACUUCGGAACAAGUUACCUCUUUUCCUCUCAUUAGCCUUAAGCUAUGUCAAGGAGAAAGACCAGAGAGCCCAAGGAAGAAAAUGUUACCCUUGGACCUGCUACCAGGGAUGGGGAACUUGUUUUUGGUGUGGCCCACAUCUUUGCCUCCUUUAAUGACACCUUCAUUCACGUGACUGAUUUGUCCGGAAGGGAAACCAUGGUUCGCAUUACCGGUGGCAUGAAGGUGAAGGCUGAUAGGGACGAGUCUUCCCCAUAUGCAGCUAUGCUUGCAGCACAAGAUGUCUCUCAAAGAUGCAAGGAACUUGGCAUUAAUGCUCUUCAUAUUAAACUUCGUGCAACUGGAGGGAACAAGACAAAGACCCCUGGCCCUGGUGCCCAGUCUGCUCUUAGAGCCCUUGCUCGUUCGGGAAUGAAAAUUGGUCGUAUAGAGGAUGUGACUCCGAUUCCCACUGACAGCACUCGUAGAAAGGGUGGCAGAAGGGGAAGGAGGCUGUGAGUUUUCCUUGUGGCCAAUCAUACUCUGCUUUUGCUCGGACUUCUCUGGUUGCAGUUUUAUUGUUCUCAUGUUCCAUGUUUUAAAAGAAUGUAGUUCAAACAUAAUUUUUGUUUGACGUUUGAGCAGCUUGUCACCAACAAAUUAUGAGAGGAUUUUGCUGGUGUGAUUUAUUUAUAUCCUGAUGAGUUUUUUUGACGGUGUUAAUUAUUCAGCAUUGAUACUUUCUCAGUUGCAUAGUUGGUCAUUUCCUAGUUAAACUUUGUACUUGCU